AUGGAAUACACCACAUCAAGGGAGAUCACUGCAAAGACCAAGUACUCACGUGUGUCUAGCUGGACAUUUUACAGAGCCAAGAAAAAAGCAAGGAAGAUGUUGGAAGGGUCUGUCAAGGAACAAUACACCAUUCUUGAUGAUUACUGUAAAAGGUUGCUGGCUACCAAUCCUAGCUCUACUGUGAAGUUGAAAACUGAUUUGGUUAAUGGGAGAAGGACAUUUCAGCGAUAUUGCAGGGGAAUUUUAUUGGCUGCAAUAGGCAUUGACGGAAAUAACUCCAUGUUUCCCAUUGCCUACUGUGUUGUUGAAAAGGAAAACACUGAGGUUUGGACUUGGUUCUUGGAGCUAUUGAAGGAUGAUCUCGGGAAUUUGAGUCCUACCAAGGUGACAAUGAUGAGUGAUUGUAAAAAAGGAUUAGAGAAUGCAGUGAGAGCCAUCUUUAGUGGAUGUGAGGUGAGGUAUUGUGUUAGACAUCUUCAUUCUAACUUCAAAAAGGAAUAUCCUGGGCUUUUACUUAAGCAACUUUUGUGGCCAGCAGCUAAUACUACAGCACAAGUUGAGUUUGCUCGAGCAAUGCAAGAAGUCAAGGUUGUCUCGGAUGGUGCUUACAAUUGGCUAGCAGGGAAGAACCCCACAGAAUGGAGAAAGUCACAUAUUUUAGAGUACCCAAAAUGUGACAUUUUGGUGAAUGAUUUGUGUGAGAGUUUCAAUGCAGCCAUACUUAAUGCUCAUGAAAAGCCAAUUAUAACUUUACUAGAGAAAAUUAGAUUUUGGUUGAUGUCUCGGUUUUAUAACAAAAAAGUUGAGUUGGAGAAGAUGACUCAACAUGUGGGGAAGAGAAUUUUGAAGAUAAUUAAGAACAAAAAAAAGGUUGCAAAGCAUUGUUUGGUUACUAGGUCUGACAAGUUUGAGUUUCAGGUUCAACGCAGCAAUUUUAGUGCCUUGGUUGUUGAUUUAUUCUUUAAAAAAGAAUCGUUGUGGAAAGCAUAUGAACAGAGUGUGCAUCUUACGCCUAGUCCAGAUAUGUGGCCUCAGACAGGACUCAACCCAAUUGAUCCACCACUUGAGACGAACCUCCCUAGAAGACCUAAGAAAGCUAGGAGAAAGGAGACAGAUGAACCUCCAUCUGGUUCAAAGAAAGCUCAAAGAAUUGGACAAGUUAAAACAUGCAGCAACUGUCUGAAAAUAGGGCACAGGAGAGAAACAUGCAAAUCUGCUAAGGUGGUUGAGAAUCGUGUGGUCAAAAAGCGAGGUCAUCCACCACUACAGAAACCUACUAAAGCCACACAUAAAAGGAAGGCAAGAAGGCUAAAACAACAUGCUAAAGGAGGAACUAGUGGCACAAAGAAUGCUCAGCUCGAUACUAUCUGA